UUAUUAAAUAAAAGUAUGACCAAAAGCGGCAAUAUCUUUCUUUUUUCAUUGCUGAUUGUUUUAUUGUGCUAUGAUUCGUUUGGAAGGUUGUCCACAAGACGUUUACCUUUCUGUAAGUCGAGGGAUGUUACGGCUAUUCUUAGAGCGACAUCUCUUCGACGGACAAAACGUGCGGUGAAUUGGCCGUUUGAUUGCACACACGCAAGUAUCCUCGAAGUAGCCGGCAGAAACCAGUUCGUUUUUCCUAUUUACGACUGUUGCAGGAAGUGUGAAUUUCCAACAUUUCAAUUAUGCACGACGAGGAACAGAUAUUCGCCAUCUUGGUUGUGUCCAAGCAAAGGCAUGCAAUGUAUAGUGAAAUGUAUCAACUUUAACAACCCAUAUAUCAUUUCGAAAGUUGUACCGAAGAGAAAAAAGGUUCCCACGAGAUCACGAGUCCGAUUAAUCCCAUCAAUAAGACGAAAAAAAUUGCCAGUUUCUCAAAAAUGCCAGAGAGUCGUAAGGAAAAGGGUAGAACUUGCAUCGAAAGAUUGUGCGUUCCUUUGACUUUAACGACACCGCGACGGAAGAUUAACUUGUCGUAGACUAUGUAGCUAUAUUACUGCAAAAAUCAAUGAUAUUGUUAGAAGACGUUAGAAAUUCAAAUUUACCGUGAGAGAAACUUUGAUCAUUAAAAUGAUUGCUUUGUAUCAUUGUUAUUAUACAAAUUGAUUUAUGAACAUGUUAGAAAAUUUUAAAAA